AUGUUGCGUGCUGUGGGAGUCCACGGUGUUCCUGGGUUGCUGUGUGGUGCACUGUCUGUACGUGCUGCUUGUAUCACCCCUGCAGCCCGGUUUCUGAACACGAAACGGCAGCCCAGCCCUCCGAAGUUGCCCCGGGAGGAGCAAGAGGAGUUCGAGCGGUUGCAGAAGGUGGCACACUCGCAGAACACGAUCCGGGCGCACAACGCGCGUGUCACUGGGGAUACCACGAAGGAAUCUCUGAACUCGGCGGUGCUGACGAAGAAUGACAUCGGGGCGUUCUCCCCAGAGUAUAGGAAGACAAUCCCGGAGUUUGAGGGCGAUGUGAACCCGAAGACCGGGGAAGUCGGUGGUCCCAAACAGGACCCCCUGAAGCACGGCGACUGGUCCUUUAACGGCCGAGUCACCGACUUUUGA